AAUCAACACUAUACAGUAAGCGUCUGAUGAUAGAGAUGGGUCGGAGACCUUGGCUGCGAACAGCAAGGCAGAGGAAAUUAUUCAUAAUUAUAGCUCCUGUUGUUCUUUUUACUUUUACGUUUUCACCUUUUAUAUCACAACUAACAGCAAAUAGUCUAGAAAAAAUGCGUGGACGAUAAUAACUGGAUUUUUACAAGAAAACAGUUCCUGCAAAGAUGUUAUGCUGUAGGCUUACUCCAGGAAGCUUCAAUCACAUCCACAAGACAGUGAGACGGUUAAAGUUUACCACUCCUGAAGAUUUUAUUCCGAAGAUUACCAAUAUUGCACCUUUAUCAUCAUUAAGUCAACAACAUAUUUAUCUUGCCAAGUCUCAAAGGUUUUAUUCAACAACAUCAUUUGAACCAGAAGGAGAAUCAACACAAGAACAGAGCACAGAACGGACAGAUCCUGUUAGGACAAUUUAUACCUUUCCUCGUAUAACUUACGCAAGCACUCUGUCAAAACUAAAAAUAUUUCAGACAGUUGCAGUUACAGGACUUGUACCAUAUGUUUAUGCAGGAUAUAUAAUGGGAUCAGUAUCCUAUGUAUUUAUGUUAAGUAGCCUUACUAUAAUGAUAACAUCUACAAUAAGUUUGUAUCUUAUAGGUGAUAUUAUUUCUAAGAUGGUCUGUAUCAUGAAGUAUAAUGAUGACACAGGUGAUGUCAACAUCUCUCAUAUCAAUUUCUGGGGUAGGAGAAGGGAUGUUACAAUACCUUUAUCAACAUUUGUACCCAUCUCUGACUCUAAGGAAAACUUGACUGAUGCCUACAUAAAGCUAGACACAUAUGAUAAAAGCGAGUCAUUUCUAAUAUUCUUAAAUACUUGCACUGAGGAACAAAAAAAUGAAGUGUUAAAGUUAGUUGGUUGAUAUUUGUAUGAUUUAAUGUUGGAUUAUUCAGGCUAUUGCUGGAGCAUUAAUUAUAUUUGUGAAAAAUGUUUGUUGAUCUAAUUAUGUUACAUGCAGAGUAUCACAUUAUAAUAUAUAUUAAAUCAGUGUUUCCUGAA